AGAAUAAUACUCGAUCGACAUAUAACACACACACACACACCUUUAUAUAUAUCAAACAAAUUAGCUACUAAUUAUAAUUAACUGUUAUUAUAUUGAUCAUGUUCUUCGGUAACUAUUAUUUGUUGGAUUUGAAUAACAGGCGAUCGAUUGAAUUAUUGUUGCUUUGACGUUUUUUUUGUGCGUGUUUUGGUGAUGCAAAUUCUCAGAUCAAUAUCUAAUUGCAUCUGCAAAUUUAUUCAAUUUAUGGGAACAGAGGGUGUCUUGGAUGUUGUACUAAGACCCCAUUUGUGACUACCGACAAUAAGCCAACAGGAGGUCUUGAAAAAGCCCAAAGCAAAAAUAAACAUAGCAUAUUAGAAGAUUUUUGGAGUAGCAGCACAUAUGAUAUGGAUGUUAGUAUCCCUCAGUCUCAGAUGAGUGCCUCAUCAGUUAGCAACCCAGCAGUGGAUUCCCAAAGUAGUUCUGGGGCCACUCCUUCAGAAUUUGUAAAUCGUGGUCUUCUUCUUUGGAACCAAACAAGACAACAAUGGACUGGAGAUAAGGCACCUGACAACAAUAAAAAAGCUCGACAACCCGUUAUAAGUUGGAAUGCAACAUACGAUAAUUUGCUUGGGACGAACAAGCCUUUUUCACGGCCCAUCCCUCUACCUGAAAUGGUAAAUUUUCUUGUUGAUAUCUGGGAGCAAGAGGGAUUAUACGACUGAAUUUGCUGCCAAACGUAAGAUCUGUUACUUUUGGAUUGUAAUGCCAAACAUUAUUAAUUAUUGUGUUCAUAUGAUUAUGAAAUAUUUGAUUAUGUAUGUUUGGAUUGGGGUACAGUCAAAACUCAAUCUCUUCCAGGUUUGAUGUUUUGAGUUAAGCAUAAAAUGCACCUAAAAGUGUUGUAGAACAAAUAUAUCGAAAAGUUGCAAUUCUUGUCUAUAAAUUUACCAAAAAAAUCACUUGGAAGUUACUUAUCA